CCCAUUGGCAGACACUGCCACACCUCACAGCUCUGGGGGAAGCCACAGACCUCAGCUGUACUCGCUGCGCCUGGACUAGAGGAACUUUCCGCAGGACUCAGGACAAACAGCUCUACAGACAGACGUGUCUGCGAGCCCCAGCCUCAGAGGCUGCGGCUGCAGGUACCCGGUGCGCACCCGCGUCGGGACGGGCGGCGGCGCCGGCGGGAGGGUGUGCACGGCACAGGUCGGUGCGGGGUGAGCUCACCGCAUCCCCGGCGCCGCUCGCUCCCCGGUCCCCGCCGGCCUGGGGCGCCCUCCGGCAGCCCGGCGCGGCGCUCGCGGCUGGACCUCCGCCGCCCGCCACGGCCCUGAACAUGGCCGCGCGCCCCGCCGCCAUCCUCGCCUGGUGGCUGCUGCUCCUGUCGUCCGCGCUGCUCCGCCGCGGCUGCCCCGCACGCUUUGCCGCCGAGCCAGACUCGGAGGACGACGAAGAGGAGGCGGUGGUUUUCCCCGAGUCGCCCCUGCAGAGACCCACGGUGCUCGUGGCCCUGCUGGCCCGCAACGCGGCGCACACGCUGCCGCACUUCCUCGGCUGCCUGGAGCGGCUGGACUACCCCAAGAGCAGGAUGGCCAUCUGGGCAGCGACUGAUCACAACGUGGAUAACACAACAGAGAUACUCAGGGAGUGGUUGAAAAACGUACAAAGAGCCUAUCAUUACGUGGAGUGGAGGCCGAUGGAUGCACCUGAGUCUUAUCCUGAUGAAAUUGGACCAAAGCACUGGCCAAGCUCCCGGUUUGCCCAUGUGAUGAAAUUACGACAAGCAGCUCUUCGAACUGCGAGGGAAAAAUGGUCAGACUACAUUCUGUUCAUAGAUGUUGACAAUUUCCUGACUAAUCCACAGACACUCAGUCUAAUGAUGGCAGAGAACAAGACCAUCGUGGCCCCCAUGCUGGAGUCUCGGGGCCUGUACUCUAACUUCUGGUGUGGAAUCACUCCUCAGGGCUUCUAUAAACGGACCCCAGACUACGUUCAGAUUAGAGAAUGGAAGAGAUUGGGCUGCUUCCCAGUCCCAAUGGUCCACUCCACAUUCCUAAUUGACCUCAGGAAGGAAGCUUCUGACAAGCUGACAUUCUACCCCCCACACCAGGACUACACUUGGACCUUCGAUGACAUCAUUGUCUUUGCCUUCUCCAGCAGGCAAGCAGGUGUCCAGAUGUACCUCUGCAAUAGGGAGCACUACGGCUACCUGCCCAUCCCCCUCAAGCCCCAUCAGACGCUGCAGGAGGAACUGGAGAACCUCAUCCACGUGCAGAUAGAAGCAAUGAUUGACCGCCCUCCCAUGGAGCCCUCCCAGUUUGUCUCAGUUGUCCCCAAAUAUCCAGACAAGAUGGGAUUUGAUGAGAUCUUCAUGAUAAACCUGAAGCGUAGAAAGGACAGACGGGACCGGAUGUUACGUUCCCUGUACGAGCAGGAGAUUGAGGUCAAGAUCGUGGAGGCUGUGGAUGGAAAGGCACUCAACACGAGCCAGCUGAAGGCCCUGAAUAUCGAAAUGCUGCCUGGAUACCGAGAUCCCUACUCCUCCAGGCCGCUUACCAGGGGUGAAAUCGGCUGCUUUCUCAGCCACUACUCUGUCUGGAAAGAGGUGAUUGACCGAGAGCUGGAAAAGACUCUGGUCAUUGAGGACGAUGUGCGUUUUGAGCAUCAGUUUAAGAGGAAACUGAUGAGGCUGAUGGAUGACAUUGACCGGGCUCAGCUGGAUUGGGAGCUGAUUUACAUUGGUAGGAAGAGGAUGCAAGUAAAUGAACCAGAGAAAGCUGUGCCCGACGUGCUGAACCUGGUGGAAGCUGACUAUUCCUACUGGACACUGGGCUACGUUCUCUCUCUGGAGGGAGCACAGAAGCUGGUUGGAGCUGAUCCUUUUGGGAAGAUGCUGCCAGUGGAUGAAUUUCUGCCAAUCAUGUACAACAAGCAUCCUGUAGCUGAGUACAAGGAGUAUUACGAAUCCAGAGACCUGAAGGCCUUCUCCGCAGAGCCCUUGCUCAUCUACCCCACACACUACACCGGCCAGCCGGGGUACCUGAGUGACACGGAGACCUCCACCAUCUGGGACAAUGAGACAGUGGCCACCGACUGGGACAGGACACAUUCAUGGAAGUCUCGGAAACAAGGCCACAUCCGCAGCAAUGCCAAAAACACAGAGGCCCUGCCUUCACCCACCUCCCUGGACACGGCGCCGUCGCGGGACGAGCUCUGAAAGCUGCGGUGCUCAGAGCUCUGGCUUCUCUCACGGCUGUCCAUGUGUGUCCGGUUUCUCUUACUGGCCACAGUCAUCUCGCCAGGGCUGUCUAGUGUGACUGAUCAAGAUAAAUAUGUUUUGACUGGGGAGGAGAACAGGGAAAAGAAACUCAAAUUUCCUAGGAUUAUUAGAAGAUGGGCUUAGUAGCAACCAUUAGAUACACUUCAAUCCAGACACCUAGUUGGGCAGAGAACAGUUGGAUAUGCUGCCCAUGUUAUGGGUCAACAUUAUGGCUCAGAAACUCGCCCAAGGAGAGGGGCUCCCCAUGCUGCUACAUCAGUAAAUUGUAGGCCAGCCAACCGGCCAACUGGACCCCAAAUGUUAGUCUGUUGGGUCCAUCAUCUGUCCGAGAUGUGCCCUUGAAACUUGUGUACGUGACAAGUUGGGGAGGGAGGUAAAUCAAACUGUUGAAAAUCAAAUUAAUUGGGCUUUUUAUUUAAAGGAAUUCUGCCUUGAGCCUUAUUGCAGAGAGGGUUUUUUUAAUCUUGGUUCUUGUUAGCCUACAGGGAUGGGUGUUUGGGUCUGUCUGAGGCUUGGCCUUGACUAUCGUGGCAGUUCCAGCUCUCGUAAGGAGAUGUCCAGAUUGCCGUGUGGGUGUAGUAAGUAGAUCCUUGAGGGUUUGUGUAGAUAUUUGAGGACAAAACUGAUACUCUGGCCAUUUUCACUGUGGCCUCUUGAGUUAGGAUGCUCUAUUUAUAAAGAUAAGUUAAUAUAUUAGGGGAUGAGCUGAUGUGUGAACACUGUCUUAGAUCCCUGUGCUGCCAGCAAGCGUCUGAUCCCCCACCCGAACCCCCACCCCCACUCCAACCCCAGCUCCAGCUACAGGUGUGAGUCUUAUGAGUCAUUGUUGAGAGGCAGAACACACUUUCAGGCCCACAGCUGUCCUUGCCUGGGCCUUCCAUUCUAUUCUGAUUUAUUUAUUUCACAAAAUGUGGGGAAAACAGAUAAGGCAGAGAAACACAUGUGCCCUGGAGAGCGGUCAGUGUAGACAUGUCAGCUCAAUGCUCAGGUUCUCUGGUGUUUCCCAGACUAAUGUUUGUGGGAGACCUGCUAAGUGGGAGAUUCUAACACCACCUGGAAACAAUGACACUCCAUUUUAGAUGCACGUCCUUGUCAACAGCAAUGGCCGAUGGCUGAUUCAGACCAACAACCAGGAAGCAAUCUGGUUUGUGUUCUCACACCUGCGUGUGGUAAAAUUGCCUCCAGAAAUAUCCUCCCCGAGUGUCUGGUCCACACAAUCCCUCUGUGUCCUUGGUGUCGGCUCCACAGGCCCAACAACAACCUGAUAAGGCUUUGGAGCUGGACCCAGGGGCAGGUGGCUGUGGGCACCUAACUGAGUGCUCCCUCAAUAAGCAGAAGGGGAAGAGAAUGAUCCAAGAGGGUGAUCCCUAUGACUGACAAGAAAUUAAUUCACUGAGGAGUUAACUGAUGUCAAAGGGAGAAUUAAAAUGAGGCUGGUCAUUUGAUAAGAAAAUAGCAAAUUGUGGGCCUGGCUGCAAGAGGAGGCACUUGGUCUCCACUGUACCUCAGCCUCCCCAUUCCUUGUCUUAGCAUUGAUGUUCUUCCCCAUCGACUGACAAGCCAGGAGCCUGAGAAAAGGGAUCUUGGCCUGCUCUGAUUUUUAUUGCAUAGACAUAGCUGUCAGAGUUUGACUCUUUCUAGAAAAACCGAAUUAACAUCUGCAUGAGGAGCUAGUAAAAAAAACCCUUCAGUGAUUCCUAAGGUUUCCUUGGGAACUUGUAUUUUGUUUGCAUAUUUGAGUGUGUGCAAGUGUGUGUGGCUUUCAUGAUAUUUUUCAGGGGUGGGAGGUGGUGGGGGUACUGGGGUGGAGGAAGACUGAGUUGAUUUCUGUGUGGGUUUAUUUAGUAGAGAACAUUUUUUUCCUUUUCCCCUGUCAGCUGGUCUGAUGGGUUUAUGAAGUCUCAUUCUUAAAAGAUGUUGGUCUUAGAUUCUAGAAUUUUCGAUGAGGACUGUUCUACUGUGAAUAAAGUUCUGGCUAUGUCAGCCCGGCCUUGGCUUCUCCCUGCUGGUCUGGAACGCCACACAAUGCUCUUGGGUUGUGAACUUUGUGAAUUGCAGGCCUGCCUUUCCUUAAAAGCCACCUUUCAGCAAUCCUGGGGGUCCUUGACCUCAUUAUUCUUCCUGCCUUCUGUCUAGUCUUAAGACAUUUGACCUGCGCAGUAUCAGAGACUGCUUCCAGCCAGGCUGUCUGCCUCUGGAAGUUGAACCCCAUCAGGAUUCCCCAUCUGGGUCCUAUAUGGAUCUUGAGGUCCCAGGUGGGAUCUCUGGACAGAUGACACCAACUUUGGCAGUGCUGGUUCUAAGUGGGGAAGCAGCACCUACGCUUUGCAGAGGACACACUGCACAGGACUCUAUUUGGGUCCUCCGGGACCCACUGCAGGAAGUCAGAAGACUAGAAAGUGCCGGCAUCCCAGCACCCUACUGCCUCUGUCAUGCUGUGUCCUUCAGGGUGGGGAAGUGGUAAACUACUUACUUGCCUUCUACAGCUUUGUGUGAAAAUUAAAAAAAAAAGAAGAUGAAGA